UGUGAACAUUCACUCUUCCAGCAGUUUCAUUGUGCCUGUUCUUCGAGUGUCUUCUGCUGGUACCCAGUCCAAACUAGGAGAGGCUAAAGGAGUUGCUGAAGUUCCCUCUAGACACAAGUUAUUUCUCCUCCAAUGGACAGAGGUCUUCACUUCAUGCUCUGUGUGAUUACAACCAUGCUGCUCCUAAGAGAAUCAAGCCAUACAGGAACUAGCAAGAAUGGUGACGCUGGGAGUAAGAGCACUGACCCAGAAGGGCCAGAAGAGGAUCUUCCAACUUUGACUGUCACCACAAUCCUGGAAGAUCCCUAUGUCAUGGUGAGAAGUGCAGAACUGGAGGGAUACUGCAUUGAUUUGCUGAAAGCACUUGCUGCAAUGCUUCACUUCAGCUAUAAGGUGAAGGUGGUGGGAGAUGGGCAGUACGGUGCCAUCUCUUCCAAAGGCAACUGGACAGGGAUGAUUGGCGAGAUCAUGAGACAGGAAGCAGACAUUGCGGUGGCUCCCUUGACAGUCACAUCAGCAAGGGAAGAGGUGGUCUCCUUCACCACACCAUUCCUGCAGACUGGGAUUGGAAUCUUGCUUCGAAAGGAUACCAUCUCUCAGGAGAUGCCUCUCUUCCAUUUCCUGGCUCCCUUCAGUAAGGAGACCUGGACUGGCCUCUUAUUUGCUUAUGUGCUGACAUGCCUCUGCCUCUUUCUUGUUGCCAGACUGAGCCCCUGUGAGUGGAAUGAGCCAAAGAAUGAAGAAAACCACUUCACCUUCCUAAAUAGCCUCUGGUUUGGAGCAGGAGCACUUGCACUGCAAGGUGUGGUCACGCCUCGGCCCAGAGCGCUCUCUGUGCGGGUCAUUGCUGCCAUCUGGUGGCUGUUCACCAUAGCCUUGCUGGCUGCCUACAUCGCCAACUUCACCGCUCUGCUGAGCUCUGGCAGCGAACAGCUCCCAAUCCAGACUUUUGAAGAUCUUGUGAAGCAAAGGGAGCUUGAGUUUGGGACACUGGACGGCUCCUCCACCUUCUACUUCUUCAAGAACUCCAAGAAUCCUAUCCAUCAGCUGAUCUAUGAAUAUAUGGACAAGAGACGAGACUAUGUUUUAGUCAAAACCUACCAGGAAGCAGUUCAACGUGUGAUGGAAUCAAAUUAUGCCUUCAUUGGUGAAUCAGUCUCUCAAGACCUUGCAGCAGCCAGGCACUGCAAUUUGAUCAGGGCCCCUGAAGUUAUUGGAGCCAGAGGAUUUGGCAUUGCCACUACAAAGGCAUCGCUGUGGACUAAGAAGCUCUCCAUUGCUGUCCUCAAACUGCGUGAGUCAGGUGAUCUUGACUACCUACGUAACAAGUGGUGGGAGAGCAGCUGCCUUCACAAAAGUCGAGACAGAUGGAGUCCUCUGCAGCCCCAAGCGCUAGGUGGGCUCUUUCUUACUCUUGCCAUUGGUCUUGCAUUGGGAGUGAUUGCAGCUGUGGUGGAGCUGUCAAAUAAGAGCAGACAUACUGCUGGUCACAUAAAGAAAUCUUGUUGCUCUAUUUUCACAGAAGAAAUAUGCACUCGUUUACAUAUAAAGGAAAAUACAAGACAAAGCCAAGAGACUUCAGGGAAGGCAAAUGCUUAACACUUUUUUGUUUAGUUUUCUAUCAUAUAUAUUUUAUAGGAACUACAUCACCAUAGAAAGAUGUUUUUCUGCAACUCUAGAAUGUUAGUCUCCUAACCACACCCACUUCUGAUCAGAAUUUAGGGGCUUGGAGGAAUCUAAACUGGUAAGGGAUAGAAGGUAAUCUGAGUGCAAUGGCUAAAAGGAGGAGAAGUUAACACCUAGGAAAGAGAUGGCUAAGGUGCUAGUGUAGAGUUUGCUAUGUAAGUAAGUACAUGAAUGCCUGUAGAAGUGACUUGGAAUAGGUUAAUAUGAAGCCUCUGCUUACUAAUUACUGUAUGAGGUACAUUCUGAAAAUUAAAGCUCUCACGUGAGUGCUGUAUACAAGAACAACUGCCUCUUAAAUGUUUUAGUUACAAAUAGACUGUACUCCUCCCUUCUUCUAGGGGGAACAUGCUGGUCAUCGUGAAGGCCACUUCUGAUUCAGAAGAGAUAGUUGCAUAACAGUUGCAUAAACCCCCAGAAUGCAGGACUUACUUAACUGCACUCUCUCCAAUCACCUAAAACCAGAGAAAAGGAGACCAUGGUCCAAGGUACUGGACUGAGAGAUGCAAGAUCUGGACCUCC